AUGUCAGGCCGCGGAGCAUGGAGACCCAUGAACCCAAAGAACAUUACUGUUCGAGCUGCAGUAUGGAUUAUUGGAGCUAUCCCAUUUUUUACAUUUUCGGCUAUGUCGAUUGCCGGAUCUGCGACAACAACGCCAGGAAUGCAGAAUGUCUUCAUCGGACAGAUCUCCAAGGUAGGCAGUGAUGGAUCCAAAAUUGGUGGAUUGAGAUUUGGUUACAUGGGUAUUUGUGCUUAUGUGGGAGUGGAAGGAAGCAACGGAGAUACGUUCAAGAACACAAACGGUUUCCAAUGCAUAGGCAAGCAGUAUAGUCAGUCUCCUGACGAAAUUGCCGCGACACUUCAUGUCGAUUCAAAUAUCAUACAGUUAGGACAGAAGUUACAGAACGACAUAUCAAUUUUCAUGCCUAUGGUCGCACUAUCUCUAUUUCUCCUAGGAUUUCUUGUUGACACUGGUGCAUGGCUGCUUGCAGGUCUGGGAAAACCUGCUGGUAAAAUCGGCAUGGUAGCCAUGCCAUUUCUGUGGGCAUCUGUUGCUACCAGUCUUGGUGCAGCAUAUACGCUCACUGUCUCCGUUAAUGCGGUCAAUACGGUACUUGGAGAUACAGCUGUAGGAUGCUCUGCAAACGUACAGAUUGAACAAGGGAAAACGCUCGAGGGACUCCAGUGGGCAGCAUUUGCCUUUGCUCUUCUCUUUUCAUUCGGUAUCUAUAUGGUCACUAGAGACACCAUGUAUGGAUUUAACAUUGCUCCUCGUGCUAGAUCUCGGGGAAGGAGAAUGAAUGAUGCAUACCCCGAUGAGUAUUCCGAGGAGGAGCGAUCGUUAAGUUACGAGAGAUAA